AUGUCAAUAAUCUUCGUGUCAGCAACAGUGAUUACUGGAGAUCCAUCAAUCGAACCAUACGAAGCGGACGUCUUGAUUUCCAACGGUAAAAUACAACGUAUAAUCACACCGCCAAAUGCAACUCCCUCUUCACAGCAAAAACAAGAUGACAAUAUCAGGAGGAUCGAUUCUAAAGGAUGGGUAUUAUCACCUGGAUUCAUAGACUUACAUGCCCAUUCAGAUCUAUAUCUCUUGACUAAUCCCGAUCAUGAAGCUAAGAUAAGUCAAGGGUGUACGACAGAAGUAAUUGGACAAGAUGGGAUUUCAUAUUCACCUGUACAUACUACGUCUCAAUUAAAAGCUAUAAGAGAUCAAAUCGCAGGAUGGAAUGGUAAUCCUUCACCUGAAGAUUAUCCAGACAUUGGUUUAUUUGAUUGGAGAACAGUAGGGGAAUAUUUAGAUUGUUUGGAAAAGAACAAACCUGCUACGAACGUGGCUUAUCUUGUCCCUCAAGGAAAUCUCCGAUUGUUAGCAUGUGGACCAUGGGAUCAAUCUGCUUCUCAGGAUGAGAUUUCUAAACAACAAGACGAACUUAGGAAAGCAAUGAAACAAGGUGCAGUAGGAAUGUCAAGUGGACUCACAUAUACUCCGGGGAUGUACGCAUCGACCUCUGAACUCGGUUCAUUAUGUGGUAUUCUAGCGGAAGAAUUUCCAGGUGCUUAUUACGCACCUCAUCAUAGAAGUUAUGGAUUCAAAGCUAUCGAGAGUUAUGCGGAGAUGUUGGGAUUAGGAAGAAUGACUGGAUGUCCUAUACAUCUCACACAUGCGACAUUGAACUUCACUGAAAAUAAAGGCAAAGCACCUUUAUUGUUAUCAAUGAUUGAUUCAGCGCGUGAAUCAGGUGUUGACGUUACGUUAGAUACAUACCCUUAUCUACCUGGAUGUACAACUCUAGCAGCUCUUUUACCUUCAUGGGCAAGUGCGGGUGGACCCACUGAAACUCUCAAAAGAUUGAAAGAUGAGAUGAUAAGAGAGAAAAUCAGAAGAGCCGUUGAAGAAACUGGCUGUGAUGGUGGUCAUGGUAUACCAACCAAUUGGGAAGAGAUUCAGAUUGGUUCGACUACACACCCUUCAAUAGCUCAUUACUCAGGUAAAAGAGUAGCCGAAGUAGCAAGAUCAUUGAAUCAACCACCCAUUCAAGUUUUCUUCGAAGUGUUAGUGAAAGAUCGUUUAGCGACAAGUUGUAUAAUGCAUAUUGGAAAUGAAGAAAAUGUGAGGGAAAUCAUGUGUCAUCAUACACAUUGUUCAGGUAGUGAUGCUAUCUUACAUGGUAAAGGGACUCAUCCGAGGGCAUAUGGAACGUUCCCUCGGUUCUUAGGACACUACUCUCGAGAUCUCAAUCUGCUUUCAAUGUCAGAAAUGAUAUCUCAUCUCACCUCACGUCCAGCAAAGAGACUGGGUAUUUAUCCCAAUAGAGGUUUAAUCGCAGAAGGUUCAGCUGCGGAUUUAGUUUUAUUUGAUCCUAAAACGAUAAAAGAUAGAGCAACUUAUGAAGAACCUAAAUUGAGAGCGGAAGGCCUAAGAUUCGUUUUGAUAAAUGGUCAAAUCGCGAUGGAUGAAGGUAUCUUGAAUGGAUCAAGAGGAGGCAAGGUUCUAAGGAGAAGGGAAGGUGGUGAAGUAUCCUAG